AUGGCCCCAGCAGCAGCAGCUCCACCAUUGAAGCCAGGAGAGAAAAGAGGCGUCAAUUGGUCCAAUGUCGCCGUCGGAGGUAUCAUGAACAUGUUCGAGGUUACCACGUUGGGACAGCCUCUUGAGGUCAUCAAAACUCAAAUGGCCUCUAACCGAUCCCAAUCGAUGGGUAAUGCACUCAAGACAGUCUGGUCACGAGGCGGCCCAUUAGGGUUUUACCAGGGGCUGAUCCCGUGGGCUUGGAUCGAGGCUUCGACCAAGGGAGCCGUCCUGUUAUUUACUGCAGCUGAGAUCGAGACCGUCGCAGUAUCAAAUGGCAUCAGUCCUGCCAUGGCGGGAUUACUCGGCGGAAUGGGAGGCGGAAUUUCUCAGGCUUAUGCUACCAUGGGCUUCUGUACGUGCAUGAAAACAGCUGAAAUUACUCGUCAUAAACAGGCAUCAGCGGGUAUCAAGCCUCCGUCCACCAUGGCACUCUUCUUGGAGAUGUACAAGAAGGAUGGGAUAAAAGGAAUCAACAAGGGAGUGAAUGCAGUCGCUGUUCGACAAUGCACCAACUGGGGUUCUCGAAUGGGAUUUGCCCGGCUAGCGGAGGAACAGAUUCGAGUCUUACGCGGCAAGACUGACGGUCAACGAUUGAGUGCCCUCGAUAAGAUUUUGAGUAGCUCGGUCGGUGGCGCCCUUGCUUGUUGGAACCAGCCCAUCGAAGUCGUCCGAGUCGAGAUGCAGUCGAUGGCUAAACAAGCCCCUGGUGGCACUCGACCCGCUAAGCUCACCGUCUUUAACACCUUAGCAUACGUCUACAGAGAGAACGGGUUGAUAGGACUGUAUCGCGGCGUGACUCCUCGGAUCUGUCUAGGGAUCUGGCAAACUAUCUGCAUGGUUUCGUUCGCUGAUUAUGUCAAAGAAUGGGUCAAAGCCUCAAAAGAGAAAAUUUGA